CUACAUGUUAAAUGACAAUACCCAAAAAUGGAUAAGAGUAAUUGAAUAAGGACAACAAUAAUUGUACCUAUGUUGUUCUAUUUUUGUUAUCACGUGUAUAAAGUAUAUACAAAACCCACAUGUGUAUCUGCAGUGUGCAUAUGUAUAACCCUUCAAAAAGAAGUGACUAGGCGGAGGAUUUUCUCCACACCACCACUAUAAAUACUCGUAAAUUAAAGUCUUCAUCACAAAAGUUAUAUAAUCAAAAGGAUAAGCAUAUAAUCUCAGGUGGGCUAAAGAGAACGGAAGCACCUUGCCGUCCAAAGAACAGUUUAUCAUUCCUUUUACUGCAUUGCACACGUACGGCUGGAGAAUACACCCAUGGUAUGAACGAGGAAGAGAAGGAGAACAUGAAGUUGCUAUACACGUUUUCGAACAAGUAUUCGAGUUAUACAGCAAAAGCAAAAAAUUCACAUCUAGCUACCAAAGACGACGAAGCGUUCUUGGCACCAGAAAUGAAUGCAUUCAGCCGUCAAUUCAGGGACUAUGAUGCUGAGUCUGAAAGGCAGAAAAGCGUGGAAGCUUUUUACAAAGCUCAGCAUAUCAACCAAACUGUCGCUUUUGUGACAAAGAUGAGGGCUGAUUUUGGAAAAUUGGACAAAAAGGUGAUGAGCAUUUGGGAAUGCUGUGAGCUCCUUAACGAGGUCGUAGAUGAGAGUGAUCCAGAUCUUGAUGAGCCUCAGAUUCAACAUUUGCUUCAAUCCGCGGAAGCCAUCCGCAAAGAUUACCCUAAUGAAGAUUGGCUUCAUCUAACCGCUCUUAUUCAUGUAUUAUUCCGGAGGUGGUGGUGGAGUGUGGAGAAGAAAAUAAGUGGCCAUGCAGGAUUUGCCAAAGGACUUAGUGGCCGGGGCACUUAACUCAUUGAAGAAGAGGAUUGAACAAUCUUGUAUUUUUCAAGUUUUGGUUUUUUUUUUACGUUGGAGUGACUUCUAAUCAGGAUUGAACAAUCCAUUUUAUCUUCUUAAAAAUCCUUGAUCCAUGUUUCAUGAACUGCGAGCGAUUCAAUAUGACAACUUCUGUUUUACCA